AUGGUAAACGUUAAGAAAGGUGUUUUGGUGACCUGUGAUCCAGCGAUGCGACAACUUCUCAUGCAUCUGGAUGAGUCCAGAACGCUCGGUAGCAAGUUUAUCGUUAAGGAAUUGGACGAGACACACUUGUUUAUUGAUCGUGAAAUAGUGAAGAUACUCGAGGAAAAAUUGGAUCAGUUGAUGGAGCAAAUGAAUCCUGAACUCAGCGAGAAGUAA